AAUUGACUUACCUCAUGCACCUGAUUGAAUGGCUCAAUUUCCAUUCUGGAUAGGCCCAAACGCCCUAGAGCUUGCUGUCAACCUGUGGCACAUCUCUUGUAUACCCUCCUGUGAUUUGAAAGAGCUUCUUUUGCCAUCUGUAGCCUUGUCCUAGCAGUGGCUCUUAGCAUCUCAUUGAUUUCAACAUGAGUACAUGUCUGAGAGCCUUAAUGCCUGGGGAUAGAAAUGCAAUGAUGAAUGACAAGAUGAAACAGUAUGAGUUUGUGUCCCAAAAUCAUGAAGGAAACAUUCUGAAUGGGCUCAACAUUCUGCGAAACAGGAAAAAAUUGGUUGAUGUUACCUUUGUUGUUGAAGGACGGGAGUUUCCUGCCCAUAAAGUUGUGCUAGCCUCAUGCAGUGAGUACUUUGAAGCCAUGUUCACCAAUGAGAUGAAAGAGAGCAAACAAAACAAGAUAUAUCUCAAUGGCAUUACUGCUGAUGGAUUGGAAAGUGUCUUGGAGUAUGCUUACACAUCCAGGCUCUUGUUGACAUUGGCAAAUAUUAUGGAUGUCCUUGGUGCUGCUAGUCAUGUUCAAGUUUUUACUGUUGUUGAUGCAUGCUCGACUUACCUAGAGGAUCAUCUGGAUCUGGAGAACUGUGUGGAUGUGGCAACCAUAGCUGAAACAUACUCUCUGAGCCACUUGAAGAAAGUUGUCUACCGGUUUAUAUGUAACAAUUUAUCUAAAUUUUCUCAGAUGCCUGACUAUCAGCGCCUCACAUUCACACAAGUUGACUGCCUGCUGAAUGCUGAAUUCCCUGUCGAUUGCUCAGAGACUGACAUUUUGGCCAUCGUGAUGGACUGGAUCCGGUACGAUCCCGGGAAACGUCUUCAGUAUGCUUCUCUCUUGCUGUCUCAUGUUCGUCUCCAAGAAAUUCUGCUGUUUGAUCUGCAACUCCUUCUGAAUUCCUCUUCAUUCCGAGAACUUGUGUGUCUUGCCCCCCAAGUAUGGGAGGAUUUGGCAUACAAGUGCAGCUGCCUUCCAGUAGACCAGCCAGAAUCUUACACUGGACUGGUCAGCACCCGUGGCAUGGAAUCUUCUAUCAUUGUAGUGGGUGGCUUCAAUGUCAAUGGGGUCACAAAUGCUAUUUCUUAUUAUAUGCCCUCAGCAAGAGCCUGGUAUCAUCUUACAACCAUUCCCCAUGUUGAUCAGUGCAAUUAUGGAACAGCUUGUCUGGACAAUGAACUCUACGUGAUAGGAGGGUGCUUCAAUCAAAUCCUACAUGAAAACAUACAUCCCUUUGGCUUCCGAUAUGAUCCAAGGUAUGACAAGUGGUCAACUAUUGCUCCCAUGCUCCGAGAACGUUGCAGAUUCUCGUUGUCGGUCCUGAGAGGUGAAAUCUAUGCUGUUGGAGGAGUGAGUGAGAGCGGUGAUACGCUCUUGGAAGAAACUGCACGCUGUGAGAAGUACAACCCCAAGGCAGAUUCAUGGAGUCUUGUGGCUGCUCUACCUGGGCAUCGCACCCAACAUGCUGGCGCUGCUUGGAAGCAUUUCCUAUUUGUCAGCGGAGGUUUAGAUGGUGACAUUCCGUGUGCAAGUCUCCUUCGUUACGAUUCUCUCGAAGACCGGUGGGAAGCCAAAACUUCCAUGCUGUCCCCUCGAGCUGACCAUUCCAUGGAAGUGUACAAGAACAAGCUCUUUGUCUGCGGCGGAUGGUACGAAGAGGAAACGUCUGGAAGCCGAACCGUUCUGAGCACCAUCGAUGCUUACGACAUAGCUACUGACACCUGGGAGGUCGUCACACGUGUCCCUACACCUAGGUAUCACUCGGGCAUUACCAUCCUAGAUGGUAAAAUUUACAUGACUGGAGGUUUCCACAGUGAUGCAAUCUUUGACAGGGCAUCAGGUGCAGUGGAGUUCUACGACUUGGAGAACAACAAGUGGGGUACGAUUGAAGACUAUCCACAUGAAAUCUGGGAGCACACGUGUGUCACCUUCUACGUGCCCAAGGGGAAGGAUGAUCUUGCUGUUCCUUUGGCUUGAAGUUCAAUCUCAUUCAAAUAUCCAAAAGGUUCAAAGUGAAAUGCUCAUGCAAUCCACCCAAAGCAGUUUGCCUCAUUUGUGUAUGGCUGUUGAUCCCAGUAAUUCUUUUCUUGCCAUCUUCCCAGAAACCCUUCUGCAAGGGAAGCACUUUAAUUUUCUGCAUGCAUGACAUUUUGAAUGGCUUGUAAAGCACUUUGGUACAGUUAGUGUUAUAUUUCUGAGAGCAUAAUAAUUCCUCAGGAAUUGGUUUUGCUGGAUUUCCAGUAACGUGCUUCUUCGCUUCAUCAGUGGCAUGUUCAGAUUGCCUACCGAGGUUCUCAAGUGGUGUGAUUAUACUUUCCAUUGGUGCAAAAGGUCUGCUGAGUACAUGAAAGUAAUUUAUGACUAUUUAUUUAUUUAUGCAGGUUGUAAUUUUCCAGUGAUAGCCACCUUUUGGCAUUCGCUAUCCAGAAACAGGAUAGCAUUUGUUUUCCCCCCAGAAAUGUUUUCUGAGGUUCUUGUCUAUUUUUUACUUGACUUCGAAUAUUCCCCAUAUCCUGGCUUUACAGAACUUCUGUAAAUACAGGUACCAGUACUUUUACCAGUGCAUGGAUUUGUGAAGUAAGUACAAAUCCAGUGAAAUAUCUCAGUGAAGGGAGUUGAGUCUGAAUUAUGUGGUGUGUGAGGGAGUUUAUUUUUUCAAUGGAAGUUUUAUUCACUGCCUGAUUUUAUUUAAAUGUCAAUCUUGAGGUCUCUCAAGUGCCUGAAAGGAUGUGAAAAGGAUUUCAUGCCCAUGUUCAUUUUCAAAUGCAGUGUUCUGUAUUUUGUGUGCAACGAUUCCAUGGCUGCAAUACCGAUUUGCAAUAAACCAGUCUUCUUCCUUGAAA